GGGAGAAGCAGCAACGGCUGGUGAGCCUUGCUGUGGGGUGUCUGUACACCUCAGCAGCAGAACCCAAGGCCCUCCGACUUGCUGCUCAACGUGCUGCUCUUCUGACGGCCUACGGGCUGCGGCUGCAGCAGCAAAGACAAGACACGGAGUCUGCUGCUCAGCAGCAGGCCCUUGGCCCUCAAGCCGGCAGACAGCAGCAGCAGCAGCAGCAGCAGCAGCAGCAGCAGCAGCAGCGGCAGCGCAAGCAAACUGGGCUGCCGCCUCUCGACCCUCUCGCUGCUGCUCUCGCAGCCCUCAGCAAAGACACGUUCUUCAGAAAUGAAAGGGCAGAGGCCCAAAAGAUUGCCAGGGAGGCUGCGAUCCACAAGAUCUUUUAUGUGGCCCCGCAAAUGGAAACUUCGAAAAACGCGCAUUUCAAGCCCUCGAAAGCAGCAGCAGCAGCCCCAGCAGCAGCAGCAGCAGCAGCAGCAACAGCAGCAGCGCGCGAGUCUCCGCGUUGCCAUUAG